UCUGGGAGAAGGAGAGAAGACGUGGACCGGCAGCCACAAAACUCCAUUCCGCUGGUCUCCGAGGCCGCGCUGCACCGCUUGUUUGGCCUGUGCUGCCGGAUUAUCUGCCUUUCCCAUCAGCUAGUUAGUCAGCGUGUGUGCGAGCGAGAGCAAAGAAGAGCGGCUGGCUCCAGCACAGUCGUGACCGUGGUGCUCACAACAACUGCUUUUGCUUUUCUUUUCUUUCUCCGCUCGACGUCGAGGUGAAGGCGAAGGCAAGAAAGCGUCUCUCGGGAACGAGACAACACCGAGAAAUGGUGGUGCUGCUGCAAAAAUCGGCCGCUCUUUGACACGUCCUGCCUGCAACAGGUGCAUUAAUGGAGCAGGAUGCGACCCUUGAGCGAAGGCUGACCUGCUCACAAGCGGCGGUGCCAGGAUGAGCGAUGCCCCAGAGGGUGGACCGGCAGCUCGCCAGCCGGCAAUUAGCUGGAGCGGCCCACCAGCAGCCUGCCCAACCGCAGCAGCCCCUUUUUCAGCAGCCGUUGCAGCUCCCGCAGCCGCCCGCAAGCAUCAGGAAUCCUUGGGUCGCCGGUGCAGACUCGGACGAGCAUUCUUCACGUUCAUCUUCUGUGACGCCGCCGCGUCCUCUGAUUCGCCAGACGCGACGAAAUUCCGUCAGCAGCGCAGCCUCCUCGAAGACCGCCUCUCGAAACUUCGCGGCGCCUGGUUGCUGUUCACCAGGGGUGCAGCUGGUGUGCCACUACUGUCUGCGCGCGGCGCUGCUCUGCAGCCUGCUGAGCGGGUGCGCCCUGACGCUGGCUGGCGCCGUGCUCAGGCACCAGGAGCACGAGGAUCUGGGCGUGCUGCUGUACAUCGGGGUGCUCGGCGCCCUCGUCUCGUUUGUGCUUCUGGUGGUGCAGUGGCGCUCUCGACGGCCCCCGCGCCUACGGCCCCGCGCCCUGCCUUUUCAGAUCCCCGCCGAGGCCGUGCCUCUGCAGGAGCUGCGACAGCACCAGCACCACGUUUCCGCCAUGCCGCUCGCCGGCCACCAGCUCGGCAUCAACCCCUAUUACCUACAGCACAGUCUCACCAUCCCCCAACAUAGCUCCAGGUCUGAGCGCACAAUGGAAGUAACAUCGUCUCGAAUGCUCGGUCGAAUACAUAGGCCAGCGUCAGUCGUUGUGCCGCCAGGCAGGCCGGAGAAUCCCAUGCACCAAAUGACACGGCUGCAACCGAACCCUUUGCCUGGCCCAUCCUCAAAUUUUGUGUAGCUUAAAUCACCCUUGCCGACUUUUUCGCGGCUCUUGACGACUGAUUGUGAAUACACAUGUGUAUUUAAAUGUAAGACUUGUACAUAAAUUCUGAAUUGAAAUUCAUCUAAUAUCUAAAAUAUACUCUUAUUUUAAAAGUAGAAAAGAUGGGUGUUUGAUAUUCGAAUGAAAGUAUACCAGUCUGGAUUUGUACACUUUAUAUUUGCAAAGAUUUCUUAAGAAAUGCACAUUUAGGACUGUGAGGUAAGUAAGCCUCAUACUACUAAUAAAAGAGAAAUUUUGAUUUCACAAGGUACACUAUACAAUAAUUAUUAUAAUUUCUUUGAAAAAUAGUUCAAAUUACAUAUCUUCAACACAUUCACCUGACUAUAAAUACAUAUUAUGAGCAGAGCAGGUUAUCUUUGAUGACAGGAUCACUACUGCCAACAAAACUCGCAUAAGUUAGGAUCUAUAUCAAAAUGUCUUUUUAUCUUAAAUAAUUCUAAGGAACUGAGGAUCGUUCAACGCGUUCAACCAUCAUGACUUAAAACCUGACAAAAUGCGUGUCACAGAAUUCAAUCAAACAAUCAUUAAUACAGCUCUGCUAAAAUCAUAUAUAUAUGAAAGAACUUGUAAUGACUAAGCAAUCUCGACAGAAAACUAGUCGACGAUUAAAAUGGCGAAUUCAUGC